AUGGCUACCCCCAGUGUCCUUACCUUUGAUACUGAGGGUCGUGCUGUUGACUUUGAGGUCUGGAUCGAUGACCUCCAGCUGUUCCUACAAUGCGAUAGGGCAGACGGACUCUCCCUGUUCGAUCUCACCUCUGGUGCCUCUCCUGCCCCGCCUGCUGAUGCUGACAGCACUGUUCGCUCACAGUGGGCCACACGCGAUGCUGCUGCCUGUCUUGUUGUGCGUCGCCACUUACCGACCGCUGAGCUCAUGGACCACUUCUUCUCAGUUUGCCCCACCACACUCACCGUUGACCUCCUCGAGGAGCGCCUCCUAGCAGCAGAGAAGAGAAUAAUCGCUGUAGGAGCCUCUCGUGGUGACCCUCGCACUCCCGUCUUUGAGGGGUGUUCCCCCUCCCCCCUAUUGCCCUCUGUUGCAUCUGCUGCUGCGGCCGACCUCGUUGGCUUCGAGUCGGUCGGCGCUGCGUCUGCCCCUAGCGGGAGACGCCGCACGGUAAGGGCAAGGGGGGCAAGGGCGUUGGAGGGGCUGGCGGGGGCGGUGGAGUUGGUGGUGGAGGCAGUGGAGGGGGUGGGGGUGGUGGUGGGAGUGGUGGCGGGAGUGGAGGUGUCGGUGGCAGCAGUGGAGGCGGAGGAGGCGGCGGCGGUGGCGGAGGGAGCGGAGGCGGCGGAGGUGGCGGAGGCGGCGGAGGCAACGGAGAAGCUGGUCACGGCUCUGGGCAGAGGAGUGGCUCCGGUGCGGGGUGGGGGUACUAGUCCCUGCACCUACGUCCUCCGUACCGGCGACCGCGCUGGUGAGCAAUGCAGGGGCCCGCACUCCACCCAGCGCUGCUUCGGCCGCCUGACGGACGCGUGGCGUCACCAGUUCCCUGACGCCACUGAGAUCCCUCGUUGGGGAGAUCUGUCUAGGGCGGGGGUUGCUAUCUUUGAUCUUGAUUAUGAUGCUAUUCUUGCUACCAUGUAUGCUGUGUCUGAUAGUGUUGAGGGUGACUGUUACCUGUGUGUCCCGCCUGACCCAGGCAUUGAGGCUGCUGCUCUAGGUGCUGGUGAGGCUGCUGCUCUAGGUGCUAGUGCGUCUGCUGCCCCAGGUGCUGGUGAGUCUGCUCUCUCAGGUACCACGUCGGCUCAGGCCUUACACACCUUCACCCUUGACUCGGGUGCUUCCCGCUCCUUCUUUCGCGACCGCACCACGCUUACGACGCUUAGUCGGCCGGUUGCGGUCUCCCUGGCGGACCCCUCUGGGGGUCCUGUCCUUGCUACCUUCUCCGCUGUCUUUCCGUGCCCAGCAGCCCCCUCUGGCACCCUGUCAGGUCUCUACCUCCCCUCGUUCUCUACGAACUUGGUGAGUGGAGCUGAUCUACAGGAUAGGGGGGUUGACCAACUCUCCUUUGGCACCACCGCCUUGGUAACCCCUCCCUGCCUCAUCUCCGAGGCAUGGCCUCCCGUGUCCUUGUCUCUGGUCUCCCCCGGUCCCUCCCUCCCCUACCUCCGGGGUGUUAUGUGA